GGUGCUAAGCCCAAUGUCGUAUCGCAUCAACAAACAAGGCAUUGGUCUGCGAAGGAGACAUGAUUGGCAACACCACAGCUGAAGCACUAUUGCCAUCAAACCGACUAUUGCUCGCGGUCCUACGCAGGCGUGGCAUUGCAGACGGGUCCAGUGGGUGGUAAUGGUGUGCGAUGAGGGGACUGGCUGCCGCCACCCCCACCACCCCCUUUGCAUUCUGCUCGCCAUGCCGUGUUGCUCGAGCUCGACAGACUGUUUGUUUGGGAAAAGCAAAAAGAAACACAAGUCCAAACAACAACGCGUGGUGGGAAAUGAUGGCAGACGCGGCCCCACCUCGCAAAGUGUAUCACAGGAGUCUCCAAGCUGGGCCUGGCUGGCCGUCUGGCUGUCAGGCGGGCGAUGGCGUUGCCAUUGGCCCAUGGCGGGCUCGGAAAGUUUGCUGCCUUGCCGGUACAAGAUUCUCGAAGCCUGUGCUGCGAAUUCAAGAUUCGAAGCCAUUCGCCCGCCCAUCCCCGUACUCAUGGUGUGUGUCAUGGUGCUGGGGUCCUGCCAUCUCACCCCAAUGCCUGUAACGUCACCCUCCUCCAGGAAUCAUCCUGGCCCAUGUUCCGAGUCCCACUCGCGUGCGGCAGCACAAAACAAUAAUUCAACAAGCCAGCUCUGCCUCUGCUAAAUUUACCUUUAAUGUUCUCGUGGGUCCCCUCUUUUCCAUCCUCUUCUCUGCUUCCUUCUGUUCUGUUCUGUUCAUUCUCUCGUUCCACCAUCACUCGCUUUCAUUUCAAUCCAUCGCUCGCUUCUACCUAAACGGUGCCGUCCCGAGAUCCAUCAGCCAACUACCCGCGCCUGGAUAAUUAUACACCUGCCGGCCCCGGACUACUCCUGCAGCCCUCCGCAUUGGGACUUCGUGUCGACCGCGAACGCGCUCUCUAUUUACACUAUCAUCUUGAACCGCAUCGUCUCUCGCGCCUUCACUGGUAGAUUGUUAUUAUUGCCUCGGUGAUAGUCAUCCGGUGCUUGCGUGGAGCUGCUGAAAUUCCACUUCAACAACCCCCCAUCUCCCCCUUCUCGAGUCAUCUACGAACUGUUACGACUUCGUUACGAUCUGUUAUGGCCCCCGCCUAACCCUGGUGCAUUACUCCAGAGUUUGGUAUACAAAGGCACUCUCAUCAACAAUUCUUUCGAACACUGCAAAUUAGCUGCAAAAUCGCCUCACCCUCCCGUGCAGCCUUUACCAGUUCUUGCUUCAGUCUAGGCCUAUCACUAUGGCCUGGUCUCGGAAAUUCUACCUCUCUCUCCUUGGAAUAGUGACAUUGUCUACCACAGCUGCAGAUACUAUCCUGGAUAUCCUCAAUGCCGCCUCUCUGCCAGCCACGAGCAACUCAUUACGUGGGCUUGCCGCUGCAGCAAGUGCGCUAGACAUGCUGGCUUUGGGAUCUGUGACAUUAUUCUCAGUGCAAUACGCAUGGUCAAGAGGUGGCUUCUUCAAGGACUCUACGCAGGGUAAACACCUGUUGGUAGCCUUGUGCAUUACAUGCUCAGUGGUGGCCUUGGGAGUUUCACUGGCGGCGAUCAUCACUACAAGAUCACGACUAUCAGAGCUUUCAUCUGCAAGUCCAGAUACCGCAAAGUAUGAUCGUCUGACUGCACAGAUAGCCAUCUGGAUAUUGGCUUGCCUCAGUCAAAUCGCCCUAUUCACUUCUCCACUAUGGUGCAGAUCGACACCAAAAGCACAAUCGGUCAUUAUAUCCGGUCCACGCGACUCCGUCAUGUCCGAACUACGACACUCGAACACGCCACACAGUAUGUUCAUGAUGCAGCCAGCGCAGCCGUCGUCUCCACUCGCGGCUUUGCCAUCGCCCACCUUCUCCACUCGAUCUUCGCAAUCAUUGCAAUCAUGGAGGGAGUCGUUACACCACGUCGUCCGUCCAGCCACAUCCCGUUCUAGACUUCUCAAUAAGCGGUCGACAAGGAGCGUGUAUUCGGACAUCCAGUCUUUUGACUCUGCAUCUCAAGACGGGUUCGAUAGAUGGGAAGCCGAUCCCCAGAUAGUACUCCAGUUGACUGCAGCUUCAGCACAGCUCGUUGCUGCUGCUCAACAAACACCUGCAGCACCUACCAAGGGCACUGCUCUAGAAGCAAUUCCCCAAAGCCGCCCCGCAUCACCCGCUCGAGCUUUGGAUGGCCCAUUUCCCGCCUCUGACGAGGAAGAUGGGGAUCUGCCACUUCCCCCGAAGAUGAUGUUGGACCCGUGCCGACCACCCAGUCCUGUUAUCGGUCACGAGUCUCACAUCCACCCUCUUUUCAGAAGCGAAAGUCCAGUGCCGCCACCAGCAGCAACACCGGGAACUAGCAUUAUAGCUAGCCCCUUAUCAGAUCAAGCGAUUGCCUGCCCAGCCAGGCCAUACAGUCGUAUGCGUUCUACCAGCAACCUCAGCCGUACUGCCAGCCCGAGCAGGAUUGGCUACGCUCGUAGUUUUACCAGCGACCGUGGACUCAGCCCCAGACCCAGUCGCUCACGAAGCACAUCACCUCCGAGCAGAGGUAUGACUCCGCCGAUCCCCGACUUUGUACUCAACUCCUCGCCAAGGAGCAGCACCAGCCAAAGCCUUCGCAAAGUAAACCUACAACCCGAGACCAACCGUAGUCGGUCUGGGUGA